AUGGACGCCGGCGAGCACACACCACCAUCACCGGAAACCCUCCCAAUGCAAAUAGAAACCGAACAACAACUACGGUCCCCCUCAGAGCCACCAAAAAUCCACCGUCUAGAAGAGUCCGUAGUAAACAGAAUCGCUGCAGGAGAAGUAAUCCAACGUCCUGUAUCCGCCAUCAAAGAACUAGUAGAAAACAGCCUCGACGCUCACUCCACUUCUAUAAGCGUCGUCGUUAAAGACGGUGGCCUUAAACUCAUUCAAGUCUCCGAUGACGGCCACGGCAUUCGUUAUGAGGAUUUGCCUAUACUAUGCGAGAGGCAUACGACGUCGAAGCUGACUAAUUAUGAGGAUUUACAGUCGAUUAAAUCAAUGGGGUUUAGAGGAGAAGCAUUAGCUAGCAUGACUUAUGUAGGUCAUGUGACUGUCACUACUAUUACUCAAGGCAAAUUGCAUGGUUAUAGGCAAGUAGAGAACUUGUUCUAUAACAUGAUAGCAAGGAGGAAGACACUCCAGAAUUCAGCGGAUGAUUACUCAAAAAUAGUGGACUUGCUAAGCCGAUUUGCUAUUCAUCACAUAAAUGUGAGCUUUUCUUGCAGAAAGCAUGGAGCAUCUAGAGCAGAUGUCCACUCAGUAGCCACCUCAUCAAGGCUUGAUUCCAUCAGAUCUAUUUAUGGAGUUUCUGUUGCUGUCAAUCUAAUGAAAGUAGAAGUUUCGGAUAAUAAUCCUUCAAGUUCAGUUUUUGAUAUGGAUGGAUUCAUUUCUAAUUCAAAUUAUGUUGCAAAGAAAACAACAAUGGUGCUUUUUAUCAAUGAUAGACUAGUGGAAUGCACUGCUUUGAAGAGAGCUCUCGAAAUUGUUUAUGCUACCACCUUACCAAAAGCUUCAAAACCCUUUAUAUACAUGUCAAUAGUAUUGCCACCUGAGCAUGUUGAUGUGAAUGUGCAUCCAACGAAGAGAGAGGUCAGCCUUCUGAAUCAGGAAGUCAUUAUUGACAAGAUACAAUCUGCUGUUGAGUCAAAAUUGAGAAACUCAGAUGAGGCAAGGACAUUUCAAGAACAGACAGUGGAUCCCUCUCAAGGUGGCUUUUCAAGUGCAAGAAAGGAUUCAAAUGUUAAUCCCUCGCCUUCAGCUUAUGGGUCAAAAUCGCAAAAAGUUCCAGUAAAUAAAAUGGUAAGAACUGAUGCCUCUGAUCCUGCUGGAAGGUUGCAUGCAUAUUUGCAAGGCAGGCCUCUUGCUCCUCUUGAAGGGAAUUCUAGCUUGGCUGUUGUGAGGUCUUCAGUUAGGCAAAGAAGGAACCCAAAGGAAAGUUCAGAUGUUUCUUCUGUUCAGGAGCUUGUUAAUGAUAUUGAUGGAAACUGUCAUUCAGGUCUGCUGGAAAUUAUAAGAAACUGCACGUAUAUUGGGAUGGUUGAUGAUGUUUUUGCAUUGCUUCAGCAUAGCACACUUCUGUAUCUUGCAAAUGUAGUGAACUUAAGCCCCCUUCAAGAGCUUAUUAUGUUGGCAUUGAAGGAAGAAGACUUGGAUCCAGAAUCCAUCGAAAAUAAUGACCUGAGAGAGAAGAUUGCAGAAAUGAACACUGAACUGCUUAAGGAUAAGGCAGAGCUGCUACUGGAGUAUUUCUGCAUCUGCAUUGACUCUCAUGGGAAUUUGUCUCGGCUUCCUGUCAUACUUGACCAAUAUACACCUGACAUGGAUCGGAUUCCUGAAUUUGUUGAUUGGGAGGAUGAAAAGAACUGUUUUCAAACAAUUGCGGCAGCUGUUGGGAAUUUCUAUGCCAUGCAUCCUCCUCUGCUGCCCAAUCCCUCAGGUGAUGGCUUACAAUUUUACAGGAGGAAAACUGAAAAGAAUCACAAUGAUGAAGAAAAUGCCACUGAUACAGGAGAUGUUGAAGUGGAGGAUGAAAUUGAGCAUGAACUACUGUCGGAGGCAGAGACUGCAUGGGCCCAGCGUGAAUGGUUAAUACAGCAUGUAUUGUUUCCCUCCAUGAAACUCUUUUUGAAGCCACCUACUUCAAUGGCUGCAAAUGGGACAUUUGUUCAGGUAGCUUCGUUGGAGAAGCUUUACAAGAUUUUUGAGAGAUGUUAA